CAGGUCAGUCUGGACCAGUGUAUCCAUCUGAUACACAAACAAUCUUAGAAAUCUGGACAGGUUCAUACACACAGGUCAGUCUGGACAGGUACACAGACACUCAUAUAAAUCUGGACAGGUUCAUACACACAGGCCAGUCUGGUCAGAGACACACAUGUACACAUGCACAGGUGAGAGAGAGUUACACAAUCACCUCAUCGCUCUCCUGUUCAGACUGCACUUGAUAUUACAUUGUUUAUGAAUUGCAGUGCAUUUUCUUGUUGGGUGCCUUUCGGUUUUUCGUCCAAGUUAAUCGUCAUUGGUAAUACAAAGUCUUGUUGUAUACAGGUGGUGUCACGCCUUGCCCGACUGCCAGGGGGCGUUCCCCCAAGGCCACUGCUGAAGUUGCCCUUAACCUCAGAGCAAUGGGCCCGCAUGGAGGAGAUCCAUCAGGCUCUCCGUCAGGAAUAUGAGUGUCGGCGUCACAUGAUGAUCAAGCGCUUCCAGGUCACAGUCGGCUCUUUCCACUGGGGCGAGAGAGGACAGGUGCUGAUGGGCAGUGUGCCGGACCGAGGGGGCCGCCCUGGGGAGAUCGAACCGCCCAUGCCCUCCUGGGGAGCCCGGAGACAGGGAGGGGGAGGCCGCGGGGGCCGGAGGUACUCCGGCAAGAAGAAGAACAAGAAGAAAGAGUGAGGAAGAGGAGGAGCCUGUCCACUCCCGGGCAUCACGUACUGCUGACCUCCAGACACAGUGGACUGUUGGAGACAUUGUGCAGCAAAAUCAUUGAAUCACCAGAGGAAUGCACUGUAUGUGAUUAAAUGUAUAUGCACACGUAUGUAUAUCUAUAUAUUUUUUUAUCCCAGUAUGUAUCUAAAAGUUUCUUCCAGUGUGGGCUGUUCUUGGUUUUGGUGUGUUAGCGUUACUGCUGGUGCCGUGCUUGUUAGGUUUGAUCACGACAAACUGUUUCAGUGAUCUCUGCCAACAUAUUUAAUAAGGUAUGUAGAGAUCUUUCUCCUGGAGAUCCGUUAGUAACUAUUUUUUUUCAAUUGCCAGUCUUGCUAGUAGGAGGCACCUCUGCUCCUUGCAAAAAAUGUUGAUUCUUGGUUUCUGGAAAAUAACAAGGGUUUAUCUCAUCACAGCCCACAGUAUUCUGUUAUUUCUGACACUAGACUAGACUGUACAUUCACUAAUCGGUGAGCUAACUGAUUGCACUGUCUUAACAAAAACCGCAAAUGGUUAUGGAUUUGGUAGUAUGAUGGGAAGCAGAGAGACUGCAAGGUAUUAGAGUUAUUACUAAUUCUCAAAUAAAAUGGGUAUAGUUAUGUUGGGGUCAAUGUAAAAUUUCAGAGCUUUAAUUGAACUUUAAACUUUAAAUAAUUGCGUUAUUAUUGUAAAUCAAUCUCAAUCUAAGAGGCAUAUUUUGUUUGAAUAAAAACAUUGUCCUUC